AUGACUUUUGCUGUCAGUCAAGGCAUUGUGUGUAACGGAACUUCUGACUGCUCAGUGCCAGUUGGUGGCUACGUGACGGCCAGUCGCACAAUAAACCUAACGGACUCUACUCCGGAUUGGGCCUUUCAACUCAUCACCAACGUGACUGGAUUCUCCUUCAACACAACGUUGGUCGGAGCGGUCGAGAACACUACCUAUACCAUCAACGUUGGAUCAUCCGGAUAUGUUGGUUUCACUCCCACAUACAGAUGCAGUCAAGGCAUCCUCUCAGCAUGUGAGGACAAAGCUCUCGAUGGCACUCCUGUCGAAGCAUGCACUCCUUUUGACAUGAGUGAUGGCAUAAUGAACGGUACUUUGGCCGCUGUUGCGACAUCACCAGAUACUGCAUCUGCGCUGGUAUGCAAUCCUGCUAAUACAAGCUUGGCUUCGAGUGGCAACAACACGAAUUUUUGCGUUGAGCCCACCAACUCGACUUCUGGAAACACAACAGCAUCCGAUCUUACGGCUGGUGCUGGAGCCACAAGCAGCGUCGGCACGGUUCUGUUGUCGGCUGCUUUUUUCGUCGCAAUUAUUGGAGUCUGA